AUGAGCAAUGGGAGUCCCCACGCAGCAGGCUGCCCCACAGCUGUGGACACUGAGAGCUCCAGCUAUCAAGGAAGAACGAGCCUGGAAGCCCUGAGAGCCACAGCUCCCGGCACUUCCCAGAUCUCUGCCAAGGAACCAGGUCAGCAAGCUGUCAGGAAGCUGGGUAAUUCAGGAGCACCCAAGGUGGAGGUGGGAAGCAAAAGAAGCAGUGCAAGUCUAAUGGCCGAGUUGCAGUGUGCUCAUGUCAUGGAGGUGCUUGUGGUUGCUGUUGGUAUUGCAAAAGUUAUAUUUGCAUAUAUUUUAAUUUUUGUUCUGUCUGCCUUUGGCUGUCAUUCUGAAGGUGAAGUCCUUCAUGACUCAGGUUCGUUGGGAUAUCAGCUAGAGUUCUGGUGUGCUGCAGAUUUGGCUCUGGGGCAAUCUGGAAAGAAUUUGGUAAUAAUCUACGGGGAUUUGCCAAAAAAUAAAGAAAAUGUAAUAUAUUUAUCAAAUCAUCAGUGUACAGUUGAUUGGAUUAUUGCAGACAUGCUGGCAAUUAGGCAGAAUGCUCUCGGGCAUGUCCGGUAUGUCUUGAAAGAUGGAUUAAAAUGGCUUCCACUGUACGGGUGGUAUUUUUCACAGCAUGGAGGAGUCUAUGUAAAAAGAAGUGCCAAAUUCAAUGAAAAAGAAAUGAGAGAGAAGUUGCGGGCCCAGGUGAAAGCUGAGACUCCGAUGUAUUUAGUGAUUUUUCCAGAGGGGACUCGUUACAAUCCAGAAAUACCAAAAGUCAUUGCAGAUAGUCAGUCAUUUGCUGAAAAGGAAGGUCUUGCUAUAUUAAAGCAUGUGCUAACACCACGCGUGAAGGCAACUCACGUAGCCAUUGACACAAUGAAAGACUAUCUGGAUGCAGUGUAUGAUGUGACUGUAGCUUAUGAAGGUACUGUGGACCACAAAGGGCAAAGAAAACUGGCACCGUCUAUGACAGAGUUUCUUUGCAAGGAAUGCCCAAGAGUUCAUAUUUUCAUUGAUCGAAUUGAACUGAAGGACAUUCCGGAAGAGCAGAUGUAUAUGAGAAGGUGGCUUCAUGAACGUUUUGAAAUAAAGGAUAAGUUACUAAUAGAGUUUUAUGAUGCAAAGGAUUCUAAAAGAAGAAAUAAGUUCCCUGGAAAAAGUGUUCAUUCCAAACUAAGCCUCAAGAAAACUUUGCCAUCUUUGCUGUUUUUAGGUGGCCUGACUGCUAGUAUGCUUCUGACAGAAUCUGGAAGGAAACUUUAUGUAAAAACAUGGAUAUAUGGGACUUUAAUUGGCUGCCUGUGGGUUAGCAUUAAACCAUAAGCAGAUGUUAGUCUCCAAUCAGUGAAAUGUGCAGUCUUUUCUAGCACAUUGCACCAAACUUUUUCCUGACUUUAUAGUAAAAAAGUGUAAAUAAAGCCUUAUUGAUCGAA